AUGUAUAGACAGUCGAUAUACGAUCAGUUCUCCGAGGAGUCGGCAGUUCUGAAGCAUUAUGGACUCGACACUAUGGAACCUGAUGUGUGGGUAGAUGAACAUGAUUAUAGGAAGUCUGUUAGAUAUUCUUAUUCUGAAGGGCCGGUUGUUCAAUCUAAUAACGGAAGUUCCGGGGAGGAAGGAUUUAGUUGGGAUGACGCCGAUCCUCUUGGUUUGAAACAGAGCGUUUUUUGGAAUGACACGUUACCCUCCACUCAGGACGCUAUUGAAAAUCUCAAAGAAAAAUCACAGUUACUUGUCGGUACCAAAUCAUUUAAUCCAAAAUAUUUUCUGCGGCGAGUUCACAAUGAUACUCCUUACGAGGAUUUAUUAAGGGGUGCUGAAAUGCUUAGAUAUACUCUCGAUCAGAAAUCGGAAGCCCUUCGGAAUCUGGUGCAAGAUAAUUUUGACCGAUUUGUCAGUGCAAAAACUACAAUUGACACUGUUUAUGAUGAAAUGAAAGCACAGAGCUUGAAUGAAGAUAGUGAAUAUGGUGUUAAAGUAUUAAACCGUGCAUUAUCAGAGGCCUCUAACAAAGUCGAACAGAUCUUUGGUCCGGUAUUGGUAAAUCGAAGCAAAGCUGAAAAAAUACGUAGCACAUUGAGUCUUCUGGAAAAGUAUAAAUUCUUCUUCAAUUUGCCCAGUAGCUUGAUGGAGUCAAUUAAACAGCAAAAAUACGAUGUCGUAAUCAGAGAUUAUAAAAAAGGAAAGAUAGUUCUCGAAUCGACAAUGUCAUCUGAAUCAUCAGAUAAUAAUGUAUCGACAAAUAACCAAAUCGAAAGAGAGAUGGAGGAUGCUGCACUUGCUGCGCAAUAUAGGAAGGUUUUCGAUAAGGUUUGGACAGAGAUUGAAAAGAUAAUGGAGGAGAUGAAGGAUGAGUUGUUCAGACAAUUGACAGAACAUUGGAGGUCAAUGGAAGAACAAGAGAAGACCAUUAACAUUUUACUUGAACUGGACACGGCCGAAGAUCCCGUGUGGCAUUAUCUGGAUAGUCAGUACAAAUUUAUCACUAGUCUUCUUAAAGAAUCAUAUCAAGAACAAUUGGACAAAAUCAAAGUUCUGAAAAUCUCAUUUGAAGAUACUCCAGAUGAUAAAAAGGAGAUCGCAUUACGCCUUAAGAAAGCAAUUGGGCUUGUCAACAUAAGGGAUUUUGAUUCGUUGGCAGCUAGCAAAAGCAUGGAUAUUCAAAUAUGGAAGGCUAUACUGGAAAUUGUUAAAUCACUGUCAGACUUGCUUUUAAGAUGCUUGCCAGACUUUUGGAAACUUAGUAAAUCAUUUAUGGAAGGGAAGUUUCAAAAGAGUCCUGCAGUACUUAGUUCUAACCGACGUAGACGUCAAGGGAUGGACCUUAGGAAAGUUGAACAAUGUCAAAAUAUGACUAAGGGUGUAAUCGACCUUUACGCUGCAUUACUCUCAGAGUUCUUUGGUCUGUCAUCUCAAGCCAAGGAUGCCCAAAAUCCCAUUUUGUCACUUGUUACACCGAACUCUGAUUCAGUGACUACUUGCUAUUUUUUGACGAAAGUUCUCAAUGAGUUGAGUGAGUGUAUGAACGAUAUUGAUUCGAUCAACAUGGCCUCAGAUGCAUCAGUCGCAUUGAAAGGAUUAAUGGAACAUAUAAGGUGGAGGUUUGUUGAAAUUAUAUGCGACGCUUGGAAUUCAGACGCGAAGAUAUUUCACCUGCUGGAGGACUGGACUCUCGAUCAAGAUAAUCGCGAGAUUACGAAUUUUUUACGGAAUUUUCAUAUAUUUCACAAGUAUAAUUCUCGCAGUGCGUACAAAAUUGCAAGUUUGGAUUACGUUUCUGAUAAGGAGGAUUCUAGUAUUUCAGAUGCAUACAUGCAAAAGAUCAAAGGUGCUUUCCUCGAUUCUCUAUAUUCCUACUUGGAUGGAUUAGUGCACUUGGUAUUUUCCGAAUAUACACCGCUAGAGCCUCAUGAUAAAGAACCGACGGAUGCCAUUAAUAAGUACAGGAUCGAUCCCACGCAAAUGGACUCCAGGAUUCUGCUCACCAUUAGCAAUCUCUCUAAUUUAAAGCAAUUGAUGAUUCCAAGGAUCGUCUCUCAAUUUGAAAACGCAUACAAAUGUAGUAUGUCCCAGGAAACUCAUGCUUUAAAUGAUGUCGUCAACCAAUUGGACGGCAUAUUGUUCGAGGACUACAUCAAACGAAGAACUGAGGUGGUGCGCGACAUCAUCACAAAGGGAAUUCUUUCAGGAGAUAUAGAUUGGUACAGGAUAUCUAAACCUAAAGAGGUUCACUCUUUCGUGUACGAAGCUUUAUUAUCGCUCGUAUUGGUUCACGCCCAAGUUAGCGAAAUAGCCAAGCAUCUCGUUAGUCGUACGCUAUCAGUGUUAUUGGAAAAUAUGGCUCGGGAUUUUCUAGAAGCUUUCCAGAAGGUUAAAAAAUUUGGAAUGGGUGGUAUGCUCCAGGCAACUCUUGAAAUUGAGUUCAUGCAUCAAACCUUGUCCCAAUACGUGACGCCACGAGCCCAAGAGACUCUUCAGCUAAUAUACACCACCAUUGAACAAUUAUACGAUACUGGUCAGUCGUCGGGAAAUCUUGAGACGGAAUUAAGUGGCGUGAAACAAUUACUGGUCGAGAGUCGUAAGAACACAAGCCUGCAGUUCAUGUGUUUUAAAAAACCAAAAUGA